AUGUCGUUGACCAAGACACUCCUUCACCUUCUCGGUUUCACUGGUGCUGCCCAGGCGGCAUGUUCCAACAUGGUUAUCGAUGACUUUUCGAGAUCCACUCCUUCUGGCCUCAAUAAAUUUUCUUCCUGGGCCAGCGACGACACGUCCAUGUCAAAGAGUGCUGUCAGCGGCGGAAUACUCUCCUUCACACCAAAGACCGACAGCUCUUCAUACUUCUAUGAAACUCUCGGCUGCGUCAAUGCCGUCACCAAGGGCUACACCGCGGUCUCAAUGACCGUCAAGGGGCCCAAGGGUGCCUCCAUGAUGUUAGAGAUACAGACGAAGGCAUCCUGUGCAGAUGAGGCUUAUAAUAGCCAUUGGGUCCAGGUGACUGGGCUGACUGGCUCGACACAACAGCUCUCAAUAGCACUUUCCUCCUUCACAGGCGCCAACCUGGACGCCAUUUCAGCUUUCGUCUGGUCUACUUACUCCAGUUUCGACAAUUAUCAGUUUAGCAACAUCCAGUUCACAUGCGGAGAUGGGCCGAACCCUACUGUGUCAACUGCGUCAACUACCAAGACUACCACUGCCAGGGCGUCACCUACCUCGUCAAGCUGCAGCAAUCUCUUGAUUGACGAUUGGGCCUCGCAGUCACGAUUGACCUUCCUUUACUACAAUGCCAUGCUGCAGCCCAGCAGCGAUGAUGGAACUAUGAAAGAGAUCACUGUUUCGGACAACAGAGUCACUUUGAAGCCUAAUGGACAGGCCUCUUAUUUUUACAGCAAAACUUCUUGUACCAACGCCCAGGCCCAGGGCUACGGUGGCAUUUCUCUGCGUAUCAAGGCCCGCGCCGGUACUAGCUUUGGAGUUCAACUAGCAUCGUCACCAACCUGCGGUGAAGAUUCGAGCUUUGGCUACCAGACUACAAAGGAACUCGGGUGGACAUUCAAUGGCAAGGAGAAUUUGUACAGCAUCCCAUUUUCCAAGUUCUCGUCCAUUGAUAAGUCAAGAAUCACAUCGAUUCUGUUCCGCUCACUUUCUGCGGAUGUGACGUUUGGGCCAAUGGCUUUCUACUGCGGAAACACACCAUCCGAAUACCUCAUCAAGAAUCAACCGUCAGCCACCGUUCCCGUCACAACUGUCCCCGCCCCAGCUGGAACUGGUUCAGUCAAGGUUAUUGACAACUUCGCAAAGAAAGAAUCCAAUACGCUCGGAUACUGGCACGGCGGUGAUGUUGAUACGGCGCUCACCUGGGGCAAAAACAAGGUUACCAUCAAGGCACCAGAUGCCGACUUUUCUUUCUACACGCAACUCUCCGAUAAGUGCGCCGACAUGACCAGCUAUGACGGCUCCUAUCUUCAUAUUUCCUACAGUGGGAGUAAUAAGUUCUCAGUCGCUAUGCAGCAACAUAAUCAGCAGUGCGACGAGUCCAUCGCCCCAUUUCCUGAGACGUGGGACUCGCUAGAGGCCACACGCUAUGCAACUGGCAACGACAUUUACAUUCCCAUGUCACACUUCAAUAUUGUGCGCAAGCGUGCUAUUAGCCUAGCCUUCAAAGGUUUUUACACUAAAGAGGCUGUUACCUUGACCAAGAUCGAGAUCGUUCCAUCUGUGCCAGCUAAAACCUUUAUUCCGGAAAAGUUGCCAUCUGGUAAUCUCGUUUUUGCCUGCAAGCGGCCGAAUUCAAUCGCGUUUGCUAUCGACGAUGGCGAUCCAAAGUAUGCACAAGAGGUCAUGGAGGUCAUCAGGUCAGAGAACAUCAAGGUUACGUUUUUCACCGUCGGUGCGCCCCUACGCGAUCCCUCGACCAAUCUAAGUGCCAUCUACAAGGAAAUGAUGACCCAGGGCCACCAGAUGGCUCUUCACAGCUAUACGCAUCCCCGAAUGGAAGGUCUUCCUAAUGAUAAUGCUAUCUUCUGGGAGUACGAUGAGGACAUCAAAGCUGUGAAGGAUAUGUUUAACCUGAACACGAAGUACUUUCGGCCUCCAUUCGGCAAUGAGGGUGCCCGCAUGCGUCAACAACUAGUCAAGGCUACCGGCAAAAAGGAUUCAUACAUUGUCAAUUGGAACAUUGAUGUAGAAGAUUGGUUGUAUGCCCAGUCUAAAACACCCGAGAAACAGCUGGAGGCUUUUCAGCGCGACUUGGACAAAGGUGGUAGCCUGGUAGUGAUGCAUUACCUCUAUCCCAGUACCGUCUCUUAUCUGAGGACAUUCAUUCAAAAGGCGAAAGCAACAGGUAAACAGCUGAUGAGAGUUGAUCAGUGUAUGGAGGAUCCUGAUGCGCCACCCCUGUCCUAA